ACAAAUCCAAAAACCUCUUUCUUUAUGUUAUUGCCCACAGACAACUCUUUCUAGUUUACGUAUAUAUAAAGAAGCCAUUCUGAGUACUACUCAUUCAUUUCGGACCACCAACUUGCGACCAAAGAAAGCAAAUCAAGACUUAAGUCUUUAAGCACCAACCAACCACUCCUUUGCUCUGUGAAUAAUUAAAUAUCUUUUUAAUGGACUGUUCUUCGUUUCUCGACAUAUCUCUCAAUCUCAACACCAACAAUCUCGAUCGGAGUUUCCCGGAAAAACUUCCGAAGAAAGAGUUGAAGGUUUCAACUUCUGCUGAUUUGAAAAGGAAAUGGAUGGUCAAAGACGAGAGCGCAAGUGAGUUAAGAGAAGAGCUAAACAGAGUCAACUCAGAGAACAAGAAGCUAACAGAGAUGCUAGCAACAGUCUACGAGAAAUACUACGCAUUACAACAUCAUUUGGAGAAGCUUCAGAGUCGUCGACAAAGCCCUGAAACAGAUCAGUUCGAACAACCUACAAAGAGAAGAAAACAAGAUUCGGAUGAAUCCUUAAGCCUUCCUAAUGGAUUCAGUAGUGGAAAAACUUACAACAGCUCCAGCAACGAAGAUCAUCAUCAUGACCCGAAAAAUCAGCUUCUUUCAUGUAAAAGAGCAGUCACUGAUAGCUUCGACAAAGCAAAGAUCUCAACAGUCUAUGUGUCUGCUGUUUGUUCCGACACAAGCUUGACAGUAAAAGAUGGGUAUCAAUGGAGGAAGUACGGUCAAAAAGUUACAAGAGAUAACCCUUCACCAAGAGCUUACUUUAGAUGCUCUUUUGCGCCUUCUUGUCCAGUAAAAAAGAAGGUGCAACGCAGCGCAGAGGAUCCGUCAAUACUGGUCGCUACAUACGAAGGGACGCAUAACCACUUAGGUCCAAACGCUUCUGAAGGGGAUGCUACAAGUCAAGUUGGAUCAAGAACUGUAACUUUGGAAAUGGUUCAUGGUGGUCAUAGUUUAGCUUUGGAGAAGAACGAAAGGGAAACUAUGCAAGAGGUUUUGGUUCAGCAAAUGGCGUCUUCCUUAACGAAAGAUUCAAAGUUUACGGCUGCUCUUGCGGCUGCUAUAUCUGGGAGGUUGAUGGAGCAGUCUAGAACAUGAAGCUUUCAGUGAAUGUUUCUGUUUUGAUUUCUCAUCCCUGGAAAUAGGAGUGGCCUUUUUCUUUCAAAAUUUAUCUUUUACUUAGGAGAAAAAGAUGGAAACGUUAGUGUACAUAAAUAUUGAAACUACAUGAAAAUCAUAAGCAAUCAAGAAAAUUUAAAUGUUAGUUUUCUAAAAAUGAUUAGAUGAAAGUUGGUUCA